CCUCUUCCUGCAUCAGUCACAUCAUCGACUGCGUCACCCUCUGAAGUUCUGCAUAGCAGAAAUGAUAAAAGUUCCUUUCCAAUUGAUUUCAGGGGUGGGGCCAGAGGGGGAAAAAGAGUUUUCUUUUUCUUUUUUUGAAGGAAUAAGCAGAGAGAGAGAAAGAGGGAGAGAGGUUGGCAGAACAUUCUUCCUGCACAGAACAGAGGAACCAGCCAGGGACAGCAAGCUAGAUCUGUGAAUUAGAAAGAAAUAAUAACUUCUCUUCCAAACCACAUCCAUGGAAUUAUUUUGGUUCAGCUUCUCCUUGUCUUUGAUGGUAGCUCACGGUAAGUAUCGUGUAUGUGUGUAUGUGUGUGUGUGUCAUGUAGAUUAUCUUCUGACUAAUGGCUGUCUGCUAUAUCACAUGAGUGUGUUUUUCUCCAGAAUGGUGGUUAUGUCUUUUUUUAGAAUUCUCGGUUGUUGUUUUCCAGUAGUGGAGAGGAGCAAAGUUCAGUGGUGAUCAGAAUGUGUAACUUUUGGAGGAAGGGAGGGCGUUCAGUUCUCAAACUUCCUAGAUUUUUAUUUUUGGUAUCAUUACAAGAAAAUGUGGGUCUGGUGUGCAGACCAGAGGUGUAAAGCAGAGGAGAAGUGGUGUGCUGACUGGCAGGCAGAUCACCCACGGCAAAAAGGUGAGAGAGAAGUGGUUAGAGCAUUUGCCUGGCAUGCAACUGUCAAAGUUUCGUUGUAAGCAUUCCCCGCCCCCAAACAUGGUACAGUAUAUUUAUAUUGAAAUUAUGGUUUCCUGCAGUUUAACUACAAACACAGAUAUCUUUGACUACUUGUUAAGAUCCCCCUGAAAUUCACUUAGUAGCAUACAUACUGAAAAGUAUUUUAAAAGCUGCCGAACCAUCAUUUCUCUUGCAUGGAUUAAAUAUUGGUCUCAACCUCAUCUCAUGUCCCAGGGUUUGAUCUCUGGCCUCUCCAAGGUAGAGCUGGAAGAGUGGAAGAGGAUCUUGGAGACCCACUGCCAGGCAGCAUAGACAAUACUAAGUUGACACAAAGGUCUGGUGCUCCUAAUUCUGGGUGGAGAGUAAAGUGCAAUGGUUGGAGCAAACAAACCAAAAGGAGAACAAGGUGUUUUAUUCUUAAUAGGCGAUAGAGAGAGAAUCUCAUCUUAGGGGGAAACUAUGAGGAUCUGGGUGUUUGCUGUUGAGAGCACAUAAUAUAAUAAUAAUAAUAAUAAUUUAUUAUUUAUACCCCGCCCAUCUGGCUGGGCUUCCCCAGCCACUCUGGGCGGCUUCCAAAAGAAUAUUAAAAUACUGUGAUACAUCAAACAUUAAAAGCUUCCCUAAACAUGUGAAUACAACCUUAGUCCAGCAAUAUGGGGAGGGCCAUGGGCUUCCUAGCCCUGCAGUAAAUCAACUGUCCAAUUGCUUCUAGAGCUGUCACAUGAAAGUAAAAAUAGUCAUAAUUUUAAACCGGAAAAAUCCUUUGUCUGCCAAAGCCUGGCCGCCUGGCUUCAUUUCUUCACACCUGACAGAUGUGUAAUAUAUUCACAUCCUGUUGAGAAGGACAUUUCCAAGCAGAAGGAAGGAAAUGCCCAGCCAUGCAGGAACAUAACCUUAAAAGGCGUGAUGAGUGAUGCCAGGGGGCUAAGGAUUUCCCCAUCCCCAGCAGUACUUGUGUCCUCACACAACCCUUGUGACAAAACCCUGGCUCAGCAGAGCCUCCAACCCUGGAAGGAUGGAGCCCACACAUGCCAUCUGAGGGCCUUCUCUGUGUUAUGGAGGUCAGGUGGGUGGCAACAUGAGAACUGGCCUUUUCAGUGGUGGCCCCCCACUUGUGGAAUGUUCUCCCCAGGGAGGCUCACUUGGCACCAUCUUUACACAUCUAUAGGUGCUGGGCAGAUUGUCAGCAUUUCUCCUGAAAAAUGGGCAUUUUUGUGGCCACUACAGUAGUUCCCUAGCCCCCAGAUUCGAAAAGGUUAAGGACACACACACACACACACACACACACCCCGAUUUGCAUUAUGCUGAACCUGGUUUGCUAAUGGCUUCCCUUCCCUUCUCUCAGUCGCCGGCCUUGAAUGCUACGCUUGUGAUGGCGACAGCGACUGCCAGGAAACGGAGAUCUGCGAAGAGUACCAAGAGCAGUGCAGCACCACCAUAAUGACUAUACUGGCCCGUGAGUAUUUUUGAAGGAGGAGGCUGUGGGGAUUGGAAAGGGAGGACAAGGCAGAUGAGAAGGAGCUGGAGAGCAGAGGUGAGGAACCUCAGCUUAGGCAGAAUGGGUGUCAAAGGCAGCCCUCGAGGACAAACUCCCUCGUUCCAACUCUUGAAUCAUGCCCUUCAUCAGCCCAGCGUUGCACCCUCCUCAAAGGUUUUUGCUUGGCUUGAACUCUGACAAUGCUUCAUGCUUGGCUGGAUGGAGGAGCAGGGUGUAGAACAGGCAUAAGCAAACUCAGCCCUCCAAAUGUUUUCAGACUACAGCUCCAGUGGUCAGGGAUGAUGGGAGUCCCAAAACAUCUGGAGGGCCGAGUUUGCUUAUGCCUGGUGUAGAAACUAGCCAGCCAAACAAAGGUAACUCCACCCACUUUUGUUGCUCUUGCCUCUGGCCCCGCCCACCAGUGUCAUGCGGUGCCUGGAAAGUUGCCCAGAAAGGAAACUCUUGCCUCGGAAGGGAAAACACACCCAAACCCUGAGAUAGAGGUUUUUAGAAGGAUGUGUAAAAGGAGAACUCUCUUCUCCUCAUGAUACCAGAACUGGGAGAUCACCCAAUAAAAGGAGAAGAAACUUACUUUAUUGUUUCCUUUUCGAGAUAUAUUGUUCUUUUUUGUAUUGGUGUGGGUCUGCUUCUAAUGUUUCUGUGUUUUUGUGUUGCAAGUGAAUAAAAUGGGGUUUGGUCAGGUGUGGGGGAAGGGCUGGUGGCCAAAGGGCAAAAGGGUGGGGUGGGGGUUGGCUAUCAGAGCGAGAAGCUCUGGUAGCCCUCAGUAUUUAUAUCUUCUGUGUGUGUGCUUUGCAAAUUUUAUGGAUACAUUUACUGAAACAUUUUUGUGUGGAAAGCAAUAAAGCAACGGCACCUUAGGUUUCCAGUCAACCCCAAUGGGGUUUGCUGGAAUCUGUCAAACAGAGGCGUAGACAGACCUACAGAAAAAGACAUGCAAUAUUUGAAAGACGGUGGAACAUUGCAGGUGUGGAAACAUAUGCAUGUCUUAACACACCCAAGUGAGCCCUGGGAAGGAAGCAGCAACACACUCUUUUGCUAGUCUAUAGCAUGUUGCGUGUGGACAGUGGCAGUGACGAGCACCUAUUGGCAAGUGCUUGUGACGCCACCCACACUCUGGACCCUGGAGAAGCUUUGCACCAACUUUUAAAAUGUCGAUAAAUUUUAUUUCAAUGAAGGGUGACUAUGUACAAACUUAUAUGUGCCACAGUCUGUGACAACCAAACAGAACCACAAGGGGAAGACCUAAAGUGAGAGCUAAUCUGGUUUGCAUAUCUGUAAGUUGUGAAACAGGGACAUGGGUGGCACUGUGGGUUAAACCACAGAGCCUAGGACUUGUCGAUCAGAAGGUCGGUGGUUCGAAUCCCCACGACGGGGUGAGCUCCCGUUGCUCGGUCCCUGCUCCUGCCAACCUAGCAGUUUGAAAGCACAUCAAAGUGCAAGUAGAUAAAUCGGUACCGUUCCGGCGGGAAGGUAAACGGCGUUUCUGUGCGCAGCUCUGGUUCGCCAUAAGCGGCUUAGUCAUGCUGGCCACAUGACUCGGAAGCUGUACGCCGGCUCCCUCGGCCAAUAAAGCGAGAUGAGCGCCGCAACCCCAGAGUCGGCCACAACUGGACCUAAUGGUCAGGGGUCCCUUUACCUUUACUUAAGUUGUGAAACAGGAUUUAUGCCGUGAGCGCUAAGUCUGCAGUUAGGAAUGUUGCCUUCUAAAAAAGAAAAGAAAAAAAGAAUGGUGCCUUCAUUUUUACUUCCUCUCUCUCUCUUUCCUUGCAGGAUCUAAGAUCUCCAGUUACAUCCUGAAGGGUUGUGACGUGGGUGGGAAGCCAAACAACUCCAUCUCCCACCUCUCUGGCAACCAGGUCGUGUUCUUGGCGGAGGAGCACUGCGGGACUGACCUCUGCAACCAGGGGGUGCUAAACGGUCAGUCCAUGUGAGCAGAGAGGGUUCGCUCUGCAGGUGUGCUGCACAUUAAAUUGGAACCCCGUGAACAGAACUCCCGGGAUAAUUUUGUUUUCCCAAAAGCAGCUGCGAGGGUGGGUUUGGAACAGGGGGAGGGGCAGUAAGCCUUUGCCCCAACAUCUGUUUUGGUGUGAAAGCAGCCUCACCCCUGGAGCUGAGCUGAAUCACCCCCAUGCCAAAUGACUCCUCGAUCACAGGGGUGGGGAAGCUGCAAACCCCACCAUCCCAUGCUGGCUGGGGCUCCAGAGUCCAACAGCUUCCCAAGGGUAUCAGGCUGUGAAAGGCUGGUCCCAAACCCAAAGUAAGCCUUUUUCUUCUAUCCGUUCACAUGCAUGCAUUUGAACCACUAAACCUCAUGCAAUUAGAUCUGCUAAUUUCUGUAACCGGGUCGCAGUUUCAGUCCUGGUGUUUCCCUCUCCGCAUUAAAUUUUAUUUAUUAAACGUCAAGUUGGCAUUGCCCGGCUGGCAUCCUUCUGUCUCAAGAGACAAUGGAGGACAAUGAAAUCAAACCGCUGGAGAGUUACAGCACCUGCUGUGGCUGCAGAGACUGAUACAGGAGAGACAUGUUUGGUUGCAGCUGGGGCAGAGGGAGGCGUCCAGUUGUGCUGCUGCAGAUGUACUCUGGCAUUUCUUAUCUCUGAGUUCCUCCCAGCGGUCAUUCCUCCUCUGGUCACUGCUAUGGAUACACAUUAUUUAUUUACUUAUUGCCUGCCCUUUACUGGAAAGUCCCAGGGUAGUUUCCUACAUCAGAACAAAUUGAAAACACUUUAAAGUUUAAAGUAACGAAAAACAUAAAUAAAGCGGGGGGGUGGGGGGUAGAAAGAAGAAUACAUCUAUCUAGGAUUUCCCUUCUACUCGUAUUAUUUUGUUUAAUGGGAAAAGUAAACGCACAUAAAAAAUAAGAUUUACAUCCUGACAAAAUAAAAGAUUGCAUGACUGUGUAGGCUUGGCCUCCUUAAAUCCAUGUUCCUAUAUAAAAUUGUUUGAUCCCAGCCAGAUGGGAGAUUCCUGAAAAUAUAUCUGAAUGCUUUGUGACUGUGAUUCACCUAAUAAGUUCAGCCCUGAUUUUUCUCUCUGCUUCUCUCCCUGCUGCUGCUGCUUUCCUCAAACUGCAGUCGUGGAUAUGCUCACUGCUCGGGGUCGCCCACGAAAUCCCUUGCAUUGCUAUUCCUGCAGCUCAGCCGACCAGACCUGCUACAACUCCAGCCAUAUGCAGAUGCGCUGUGCACGGCCAGAGGAGAAGUGCAUAGACAUCACAUCCUUCACUGCGACAGAAGGUGAGCUCCUGUAGCCUUUGGUUUGAUGGGGUUCUUCCUAAGAGAGGUUGUUGCAAUGAAAUUUGCACCAGCGCCUCCUAGAGACAAAAGGCCACAAUUACAGCCACUGUUUUCUCUCAACUGGCAGAGUUUCCGGGGGACGAACAGCGCAUCAAGGGCUGUGGCUCGCUUACCCACUGCCAGGAGCCUCUGGGCUUCCACAACCAGAACAGUUUCCAUCUGAUCAAAUGCUGCAAUUCCAGCCAGUGCAAUGAUGACACGCAAGGUAAGGUUUGGGAUUCCAGGAGCACCAACUGGGUCUGCAACAAAAUGUUUCUGUGUAUUUUCCCAACUCCUGAUGGCAUUGUUCUUGCUCAGGGGGGGAGACAGAGGACCCAGCUAUACAGCUGCAAAUAAAACAUUUUAAGUGUGUUGCAAAGUGCAAUAUACAAAUGUGACCCUAGAUGGCGAUGGUGAGCUAUGGCAAAUUCAGUAUAUUUUUCAAACAUUUUUUAAAAGGCAUUUUCACAACUUUUUUUAUGUGUCCAGAUUCCACCAUAGUUCUAUGUGAUACUAUAAACUGUAGCAAGUCAAUUCACUCCCCCAAACCCCCAUAGUUUGCUAUUUUCCUUUUCCAGCUGACCCUCAAAUAUUCCACAGCUCCUAGCAGCAUACUUUUCAACAUUUUCCCCCAGCGAAAAUAGCGACAUACUAUUUCAUAAUAACUCCACUCUGGAAUUUGAAAACCUCCCUAUUCAGCCUUCAGAUUUCUUCUAAACGUUGCAUAGUUACUUAUCUCCUUGGCUCGGGGAUCGCAUAACUCCAUACCCAUCAACAUUUCUCUGAUGAAAACAGGGACGUCCUAAGGUAUCAAAUCAGGAUCAAAUCAGAAACCAGGAUGGCUUCUGUAAAUCUGGGACUGUCCCUGGAAAAUAGGGACACUGUAGUAGCCACUGAGCAUUCUCAGUCCUCACUGGGCUGUUGAGCAGGGUGGGGUGUGUAUAUAUAUAUUCUUCUGAAAACUUCAGAGUUCUCCCUAGCAUGCCAAUACCUCCCUCAGUUCCUAUCCUAUCAGCACAGCAUCAGCAUUUGAAUUUGCUAUUAAAGGGAAUGAGGCUCAGAACCAAAGAUGGUCAGGUGGCACCUUUUAUAUAAUAUGGUGCUUUUAACAGCUGUGUUGUGUCCUGAAAGUCAACGCAUGCAGCUUUCCUGACUGCUGCAAGUUAAAGAUCAAAUACUAAAAACAUACUGCUUGCCAAUAUGGUUGCUACCUAGCCUGUGUUUUUUUGUAAUCAGAUUUGGGUCUGAGAGCUAGUAAAUUCUAGAUUCCACCCAGAAUCUAAAUAUGAAGUGUGUGUGUGGGGGGGGUAAUUAGGGUCAAAAGGAGGGCUGAAACCCCAUCAAUUUGGGGGCAAGGUCAGGGCUGGCCCACCUAUGAGGCAAGGUGAAGUGACUGCCUCAGGCUGCAGGAUCCACAAGAGCAGGAAAUCCCUGCAUAGAACUUCCUUCCCCCUUUGUUCCUGAUGUAGAUCUUUCCUUACCUCUUCUUUCUUCAUGGUUUUGGUUUGUUUGUUGUUAUUUUUUUGCAAUUUUGGGGUCUGCCUCAGGUGCCAAAAGGUUUUGGACUGGCCCUGGGAAAGGCAAAACUCACCAGCCCCACAGGUGUUGUUCACACAAAAUGAUAACCCAUGGAUCACGAAAGUAUUGUUUAAAGCAGGGUUUCGCAAACUUGGGAAAACUCUCCAGCUGUUUUUGGACUACAAUUCCCAUCAACACUGACCACUGGUCCUGCUAGCUAGGGAUGAUGGGAGUUGUAAUCCCAAAAUAGCCGAAGACCUGAUUAUGGGAGACCCUGGUUUAAACCAUUGCUCAGCAUAAUGUCUAAACCCUGCUCAAGAGUUCAACUAUUUCCUGCCAACAAUUCAUGAUUCAAAGCUAUUGUUACUUGUUACAUUAGAAACCUUGGUUCAUUUUAAAUAUGUCUCAGCAUGAUGUGUGAACCCAACACCAAUUCCUAACCAUAGUUUAUUUGACCACCCUACCCCAGCUACAAAGACAUGGUGUAGGAACAGCUGGAAAAGAAUCCAAACUUUGGGAAAACAAGUUUGGGGGAAAUAACCCAUGGUUACCUCAAAAUUUGUUCAACAAACCAUGGCUUAAACCAGUCAUGCAGUGUUUUUCCAGGUGGCUGCUGGGCUGGCGCCCACAAUUUCUUUCUUUUAUUACCCAUCAUGCUCUAGGAUAGUGCUACACUGCGCCAUUGCCUCCCUUUAAUAAUGGCUUCCAUUUAUUUUAUUUUAAAAAGGACCAAAAUUUAAAGCCAUAAGUAUGUGGCCUUGGUGCAGACAGCCUGGGAUGAACUUUAUGGUACUGAGAGUAUUCACUUAUUCUGCCUACAGACUACAAGGAUACCCCACCCCACCCGAAUGGGGUCACGUGUUUCAGUUGUGAGGGGAAUUCCACCCACGGUUGUUCCCCAGAUGACAUCACUAAGGUGCAGUGCCGGGGUGUGAUGACCCAAUGCCUAGAGGCCUCAGGGAUACAUGGUGAGUAUCAUCUACUCAUUCCUUCUCACUCCCUCCACCUGGAGUUUAAUGUGACCAGGUUAAUCCCAACAGAAAGAGGCAUAGAGCAGAGGUUUUCUACCCUUUUGAGUCCACGACUCCCUUGACCAAGUACCUUCUUUCUGUGGCACCCCUGUGGGGCUUAGGAGCCCAGUUAUGUCACCCCUUGCCUGCAGAGCUGGCAGCCUCUCACCCUUUUUUGAAAACACCCUCCCUUGUGGAGUCUUCCCUCCUCUCUCCUCCCCUCUCCUUGGGAGUCCUCUGGCCAGCUGCUGCCGCCACUCCUGGUCUCUGAGCUGCCCUCCCUUCCCACAAGAGAGGUGCCUCCUCACAGUGCCCCAGGGGCCUGGGAAGCACCCCCUCACCAGCUCCAGAGGUACUAUUUGCCUGUAGCUAGAGCUGCUGCCACAAACAACUGUGCAAGCCUUUGGGAGGCAGAGACAUGAGAGGGCAUCAGAGGAGGGAGGGAGGGAGGGAGGGAGGGAGGGAAAGAAAAAAGAAAAAAGAAAAAAGAAAAAAGAAAAAAGAAAAAAGAAAAAAGAAAGAAAGAAAGAAAGAAAGAAAGAAAGAAAGAAAGAAAGAGGCCAGUGUUGACUGCAGCACUCCUGACCAUCAUUCAAGACACCCCAGGGUACUACGGAACACUGGUUGUAAACCACUGGCAUAGGACAACUAUGUGUUCUUUGAAGGGGUGGGAACAAUAACAUCCAUUUAGGUGAAUGCACAUCAUUUCAAUGCUUUCAAAACUGGCAUGGGGAGGCAGACGGUGUGCCAGAAGGAUAGGGAAGGGGUAGGUCAUGCUGCUGAGUCAGGGCCAUCAAAAGGUUUUCUCUAUGUUUAGUUGGAAUCUCUUCUUGCAGCUUGAAGCCAUUGCUUCAAGUUCCACCCUCUGAAGCAGGAGAAAACAAGCUUGUUCCCUCUUCCAUAUGACAGCCCUUGAGAUAUUUAAAGAGGGCUAUCAUAUCUCCUCUCAGUCUGCUCUUUUCCAGGAUAAGCAUACUCCUUCAAUUGUUCCUCAUAAUGCAUGCUUGCAUGUUCUUUCCACUAAUAUAUGCAUUUGUAUGUACACACAUUUUUGUACCCAUUGGACAACUGCAUCAUGACAUUUGGAGAAGUGUGCAUUCCAGAAGAUAGCUGUGUUUUGGUUCUCAGAUUGUUUCAGAAAAUAUGCAAUGUGGAGAAAAUUCGCCUUUAAAUGAGAACUGAAACCAAUUUCUCCCCUUCUGUCACUAACCACUGCUCAUUUCCACAUUCAGGUUCUACUGGGCAAAUCUCUGCCGUCAAGGGUUGUGCUUCGCCAUCCUGGUGUGACAGUCCUUACACUUCUGUCUACAAGAACCUGGGUGCUAUUUACAGCCGUUGCUGCACUGGUGACCUCUGCAACAACUGGAUUGUCAACGGGACGCUGAAACCAUCCCCUAGGAGCCAAGCCAGCCGCCAAGUCUCAGCCCAACACACUUUGCUUUCAAUGGGUCUUUUGAUCCUUCUGACCUUUCUCCUCUCUUCAGAGAGCUCCUGAUCUCCACAGCUACGAUCAGGGCAUAUUCCAGGCCAGGAUGUUCCAGGGUUUUCUCCCCAUCUUCCAAUAUUAGAAUGCAGCUGUGAAGAAAACAUGUGACAUAAGAAUGAACCACCUCUGAGCAUACACAGAGUGCCUUUCCCCACACCACUGUGGAACUACAGCCCACUCCUAUAACACAUUGGGGAUUAAGAGGCAGACUCUUCAGGUUCUAAGCAAGCACAAGCUCCAUUACCUUCUGCUGCAAACACGAGAAAGGGAGAGUCGUCUUUUGUUUGGCUGCUGCUUGAGGGUUUCCCACAGGCCUCUGGUUGGCCACUGUGAGAACAGGAUGCUGGCCUCAAUGGGGCCAUCUUCUUACAUUCUGAUGUCUGGGUAAUAAGUCCCACUGAACAAAGGAAGACUUGCUUCUGAGUACUGGAUCAGGCAGUAAGUUAUUUGUUGAGAAAGGAGUGGAGUGGAGACUAGCGGCUGGGGAAGAGCGAGACUCAGGACUCCUGGGUUCUCUUCUCUGCUCUCUGUGUUGCAAAUUAAGGCAGAGGAGCUGGACACCUCUCCUGACUGGAGAAAUCCUGGUGGCCAUUACUUUUUUUCAUUUAUGAAAACAGAUAUAUGCAAAACAGAAACGUCCCACCUUAUUAUUUAUUCUUUUUGCACUGCUGUGGAGGACUGUUGGACUCUUUCAAGAAACAAGGAUUUGUCCCAUUGGCUAUUUAAGAUCUGGAAGGUGCAUUUGGGAAUCGCUCCUCCAACAUAAGACUGUUCAGAAAACCAGAAGUUCCAUCAGACAUGGUAAAUUGUGCAAGGCACCAUCUAGACGCAACUCUGGUUUGGACUUCCUGAAGUUUGUUAACCACAGGAUGUGGUCACUGCCCUUUAUUUUAUUAUCCUUAUAUAUGUGUGCAUUUGAACAUUAUUUAUCUUAAUAAACUAUUUUUUAUUAUUUAAAGUAA